CAGCAUAUUCUCACUCAGGGGCGGAGCGUUAAUCAAACUCGCAAGAAAAGUCCAAGGAGUCGGAGGUUUCUUCAUUAAAGUGUUAGGAGGCACAACAAGACAACCAUGCGCUAUCCUGGAUUAUUUCUAUUAUUGUGUUCGUACAUUUCAGUCUGGGAGAUUUGUGGAACUGCGCAUGCGCCUCUCCCCCACGUCGCGCGCUACGAUGUGGUGCGGCUGAGGACAGGGAGAGUAAAGAGGAGCGCCGAUCUUCAAGAGACAUAUCCUACAUCAGUUGAAUAUGCCUUGAACAUUGAUGGAAAAACCUUCACACUUUCUCUGGAAAAGAAUAGGGAGUUGUUAGGGAGGAAUUACUCUCUAACGUAUUAUACAGAAGAUGGGAUAAAAGAGAUUACAUAUCCAUCCAAUGUGGAUCACUGCUACUAUCAAGGACAUAUUCUAAAUAUAAAUGACUCCUCAGUCAGUGUUGGCAUGUGCUCAGGAAUGCGAGGGUUUUUGAAAGCAGAAAAGCAGGUUUAUCUAAUUGAACCACUGGAGAAUUCUGUAAAUGGGGAUCAUGCAGUUUACAAACAAGAGCACUUGAGGACUAAGCGGGCAACUUAUGGAUACAUCAAUGAUACUGUCAAUGAUUAUGAAGCCACACCAAGGCUUGCUGGACUGUAUAAUAGUAAAAACAUGAAAAUCAAAGUGCCCAGAGAAGGACGAUAUAUUGAGAUGGUUAUAGUGGUUGAUCAUAAAGAGUACAUGACUUAUGGAAGCUUGAAGAAUGUAGAGACAAGAAUGCUGGAAGUUGCUAAUCAUGUGAACAAGCUAUAUCGUCCUUUGAACAUCCGUGUUAUGUUAGUGGGAUUAGAAGUCUGGAAAAAUCAAGAUCAGAUUGAUGUUAGCGAAGUGCCUGAUCAUACUCUGGACCGGUUUUUAAAGUGGCGUCAGACACAUCUCCUGCCAAGAAAGAAGCAUGAUAAUGCCCAAUUCGUUACAGCGGUGGAUUUUCAAGGAUCGACUGUUGGCUUGGCACCCCUGAGGUCCAUGUGCUAUCCUUCAUCUGGUGCUGUGAAUCAGGACCAUGAGAGAAGUCCUCUUGGUGUUGCCUCCACUAUUGCACAUGAAAUGGGACAUAACUUGGGUAUGACACAUGAUACAGCAAAUUGUGACUGUUCAAAAACACAACCUGAACAGAACUGUGUCAUGGCAGAUAGCAUUGGGCCUGUGCUUCCAGAGAGUUUCAGCAGUUGUAGCAAAAGGGAUUUGGAGAUAUUUUUACAGAACAAUGAUGUCCGCUGCCUUCUAAAUGUUCCAAAUGAAGAUGAUCUGAUUGGCGGCCCAGUAUGUGGUAAUGCCAUUGUGGAAAAAGGCGAGGAAUGUGACUGUGGAACAAUUGAGGAAUGUGAAAACAAAUGCUGUAAUGCCACCACCUGCCGACUAACUGAAGGUUCUCAGUGUGCACAUGGGGAGUGCUGUGACCAGUGCAAGAUAAAGCAAGCAGGAAGUGUGUGUAGACCAAGUGCUCAUGACUGUGAUCUGGAGGAAUAUUGCACUGGCAAAUUAGCCCAGUGUCCCAAAGAUGAUUAUAAGAUGAAUGGGCUUCCAUGUAACUCUAACCAAGGCUACUGCUACAAUGGCGAAUGUCCAACACACCAGGAGCACUGCAACCUGCUAUGGGGGCCAGAUGCUGAUGUCGCUGAUGAUAUAUGCUUUAACAACAACUGUCAACGGUCUAACAGAUGUUCGCAGGAAAAUAAGAAAUGCGGGAAAAUAUACUGCUCAGGUGGAAAUGAAUUUCCAGUAACAAAAAAGAAAAGUGAAAUAAAUAUGUUACGGACGACCUGCAAAGUGGCUGUUGAUGAACAUGGGUCAGGUGACAUAGGGCUGGUGCCAACAGGUACUAAAUGUGGAACAAACAAGGUGUGUUACCACAACACUUGCCAGGAUGUAGCAGUCUAUGGAACUGCUAACUGCUCUGCAAAAUGCAAUAAUCAUGGCGUGUGUAACCAUGAGAGGCAAUGCCACUGUGAUCCAGGCUGGGCUCCCCCCUUCUGUGACACGAAGCUCUAUGAGCUUUCAAGCUGGCAAGAUGUGGUCAUUGGUGUGACCACUGUUAUAGGCAUCCUGCUGCUGAUUACUAUAAUUAUUGGAGGACUGAUGUAUUGUAAAAAAAAACAGAUAUUCAGCAAGAAAAGGUCCUUUAUGGAUGUGAAUGCAUACCCAGGUCAGUGCAACCCAGCAUUUCAGCCAGUCAGUGCAAAGAACAGCCCCAAAUGUGGACCCCCUCGUAUCAGCCAGCCUACAUUUGUAGAAUCAUCUGUUACACAGACUCUGUUUACUUCUAUUUCACCUAGCAGAGCUCCUCCACAGCCUCCAUCAGUAGGAGAGCGAUCCAGGAUGGAACAGGUUUGGAAGACUUCGGGUCCAUGUCCUGUUGUUCCUAACAAUAUAAAUUUCCCUCAGGACAAGCCUCCACUUUCUGGAACUAAACCACUACCUCCAUCAAGACCUUUACCUCCACUCAUUACCAAGCCUGUGAAUAAACCAAAACCCCCUCCAGUGCCUCCUGUGAAACCAUCAAGUACAAACCCCACAUGGAAUCUCCCUCAGGCAGCUGCAGUACCAAAGGUUCCUCUCAAACCGCCUCAGAAGUUCAGAUGAUUGGAAGCAGAGUGACUUUCUCUGAAUCACUGAGAGCUUCAGAAGAAGCUUUAUGAGUAAUCAUUAAUGCCUCUACAAGGAACACAGCUGUGAUUAUUCAGAAUUUUCUGUGCACUUUGGCAGGGAGAAACAGGAUGGGCUUUAGAAUAAUAGGGAAAUAUCCCAUGAAGAAAAGAACUUUUUAUGCUCUUUGUGAUGCACUCCUUUUUUCCUGGAUGUCCUACUUGACAUAGUUGCUUGAAGAAUGUUACGGUACAUCUUGGUGUACUUCUUUAAUGAGUUUAGUUAUAAACAAAGAAAAUUUGCAACAAAAAAAAUGUAAUUUAAUUCAAUCAGUGUUUUUAUUUAAAUCGAGUUUUGUCAAGUUUUGUCAUUUUGUCAAGUUUUAUGUGAUAACGUGCUCGGUUAUCUUUUAGUUCUAUUAUUUAAAAGUCUCUUAAGUGUUUUGUAUCAUUGUUUGUGUUGUUUUGGUUGUUUUGUCCGCCCAUGGACAUGUUGAUAUUAAUAUUAUUUUGGCAUGAUGUUAACAUUGCUCAGCGGGUCUGAGAGACCGAAGACUUCUCUAAAGUCCCUAAGUUUCUAGAACUUAUUCAUUUUUUUUUAAAUAUUUAAUUAACGAAAUGUUCUUUGUAGUUUUAAGAUCAAAUAAACGAUUAUGAUUGUUUUUACAA